AUGAAACAGCAGGUCAGUGGCUCACCGUCGAAGACGCCCGUCAGAGUGGUCAACCCUCUGCGACAGAGACAACGCACACUCCCCGCCAGUGAGUUCAGGAACCUCAUGCCGCAGGACGCCAUCAGUGUGUUUGAGAUUGAGAGAGAAGCAUUUGUCUCUGUGUCUGGAGAGUGUCCACUUACCCUGGAUGAAGUGCUUAACUUCCUGGAAAAGUGCCCCGAGCUGUCGCUGGGCUGGUUUGAGGAGGGACAGCUGCUAGCUUUCAUCAUCGGCACUGGCUGGGACAAGGAGAGGCUUUCGCAGGAGGCAAUAACUCAGCAUGUCCCAGGUUCCCCCACUGUGCACAUUCAUGUGCUGUCAGUGCACCAUCACUAUCGCCAGCAGGGCAAGGGCUCCAUCCUCUUGUGGCGAUACUUGCAGAACCUGCGCUGUAUGCUGGGCCUCCGCCGAGCUCUGCUGAUUUGUGAGGACUUCCUGGUGCCUUUCUACCGCAAGGCCGGCUUCAAGGAUAAAGGACCAUCAGCCAUCUCCAUAUCCAACAUGCAAUUCCAAGAGAUGGAGUACACACUCACGGCAAAACCUUAUAUAUGUGAUGUAUGUAUAGAGUCUUUACUGUAA